UCUGCCAAUCACGAUGGCGUCCUCGCUACGGAGUAUCUCCAGAUGCCCCAAGUCGCUUGGAUCUCGCCUCUGCCAUUCACACGCUACUCCUGAAGCAACUCCCGUCAACGCCCGCCUCCGAUUCGCCCCAUCUCCCACUGGCCAUUUGCACCUCGGCGGCCUCAGAACAGCCCUUUUCAACCACCUUCUCGCGAGGAAGUGGAAGGGAAAGUGGCUUCUGCGUAUAGAAGAUACGGAUAGGACAAGAUACCAGGAAGGAGCCGUGGACAGUCUCAGAAGCGCUUUGGACUGGGCGGGGCUAAAUUACGACGAAGGAGUGGGUGCGGGGGGAUCACAUGGCCCCUACACUCAAUCCGAAAGAUUGGACAUUUACCAGCACUACUCCAAACAACUGGUAGCCAAAGGCGAAGCUUACGAAUGUUUCUGUACCCCCACCGAGCUUGAGGCUAUCAAAAUGUCUCUGAAGAAACAAGGUCUGAUGCACAGCUAUGAUGGUCGCUGUCGACAUCUCACGGAGGAAGAUGUCGCCCGGAGGAAAAAGGCUGGCCAUACAUAUGUUGUGCGGUACAAGAACGAGCCUGGAAAGCUUGACCUCCCUGCAGACAUGAUUUACGGCGACCGCCAACCUACAGCUGUGAUAGGCCCAGACGACUUUGUGCUCAUGAAAUCUGAUGGCUGGCCAACGUACCAUCUCGCGAGUGUGGUGGACGACCAUCUCAUGGAGAUCACACAUGUCCUCCGUGGAGAGGAAUGGCUGGCGUCUGUGCCCAAGCAUCACAGGCUGUAUACCGCCUUCGGCUGGACCCCUCCCCGUUUCGCCCAUUUGCCCCUCCUCUGUAACCCUGACGGCACAAAGUUGAGCAAACGUAAGGGCGAUACAUUUGUAGAGCAUUAUAUUAGACGAGGCUACGAACCCGACGCCCUGCUCAACUUCCUAGCACUGAUGGGAUGGGACUACCAAUCCAUCAUCUCGACUUCCUUUGAUACCCAAGAGACUCUUCUCGAUCCUCAUCUUCGCAGCGACGGGCAUUCUCUCCAUGAACUGUUCUCAUUGACACAGCUCAUUGAGUCUUUUGACCCUUCGUACAUUACACACCGAAAAGCGUCUGUCGAUCAGAGCAAGCUGGAUUUUUUGAACAAGAUGACGUUGAGGAGGAAAGCUGGUCGCUUGGGGGCGGACGGGAGCAUGAUCAAUGCUCUCAAUAAAGAGGCAGACUCCGUGAAGGAGAAGAGGGCGCUGGUCCAGCGUUUUCAGACAAUGUUGAAGGAAGAGAAGGCGCUUCGCGGAUGGUGAGACAAACAUUCUACCGAGUGGUCUACCGUCUAUCGUGUGCUAACCGUUCAUGGCCAGUGUUCGUGUGGACGAUCUUGGGUAUGUUGAGAAAGUACUCGACGCAGACCUGGUGGGCAUCAACUUCUGAAAAACCCUGCAGUGUUGGAGUACUGAUCUCUCAACCAGCCUCGAACAGUAAUCCUCAAGGACAUGCCUUUACAAUCUAUCUUUUAUUUCCUCCCUCCCACCUACACCUGCCAAGAAUCGCAACUCAUCCUGAAGACCAUCAAUCCACGUCUCUAUUGCCAAUACAUUGGCCUUUUCGCCGAAACACUUCAACAUUACGCCGACAAAGCAGUGACCGUUGACUCUGACCUCGUCUGGGAUGUCAUCCACAAAGUCAUUGACGAGUUGCACAUCGCAAAGAAACCCCAACUCCUCGUGCCCCUCCGGCAUGCUUUGACAGAGCGCAAAAAGGGACCUGGUGUACCUGAACUUGUAUCAGUAUUGGGUCUUGAAGAGAGUUUGUCGAGGUUACGCAGAGCUGAGGAUUUUGUUAGAGAACGUCUCGAGCAGGAUUAGACAAAUUCAUGCACUUGUC